AUACCAAAAACAAGCCUACCAAAAAUACAAGUCGAAGUUAGAUAAAUUAAUGGCCGAACUACAAGGAAAUUUAAGUAAGCAAGAAGACUCCGGAACUCCUUGGCUCAAAAUAUUAGGAAUUGCCACUUUGAUUGCCUUGCCUUUAAUAAUUCUUGCCAUGAUUAUUCUGCGGGCUCGACGACGGAAGUUAGCGAGAGAAAAAUGA